UAGGUUGCUCGCUAGUUUUGUUUAAACGUAACCCGAUUUAGGGGAGGAGUAUUUGGGAAAAUGGCGUCUCCGAAAACAUUGCCAAAAGAUGCACAGGUUAUGAUCCAGAUUCUUAAAGACAUGGGAGUCACUGAGUAUGAACCCAGAGUCAUCAAUCAAAUGCUGGAGUUUACAUACAGAUAUGUAACAACUAUUAUUGAGGAUGCAAAGAUAUAUUCUACCCAUGCCAAGAAGUCCAACGUGGAUGCAGAUGAUAUAAGGUUAGCAAUCCAGUGCCGAGUGGAUCAGUCCUUCACGUCUCCACCGCCACGAGAUUUUCUGUUGGAAGUUGCAAGGCAGAAGAACUCCACACCAUUGCCUUUGAUCAAACCAUACACGGGUCCCCGGCUCCCACCGGACCGCUACUGUCUAACUGCUCCAAACUACAGGCUUAAGUCUUUGCAGAAAAAGGUGACUCCAUCUGCAGGCAGGAUAACAGUACCACGGUUGAGUGUGGGGGCAGUGACUAGCAGGCCAAGUACUCCAACUCUUGGUACGCCCUCAGUGCAGACGGUGGGAACAAAAGUAGGGACACCUGUGUCACUGACAGGCCAGCGCUUCACUGUUCAGAUUCCCUCCUCACAGGCUGCUUCUGUUAAGUCUGCCACUCCAACCACACCUACAGUUCAGAAUGUCCUUAUCAACCCAUCUCUCAUCGGCUCCAAGAACAUCCUCAUCACUACCAAUAUGGUGUCCCAAAAUUCAUCUAGUGACUCCACCUCUCUCAAGAGGAAGCAUGAAGAUGAGGAUGACUAUGAUGCUUUAUAACCUGGUGUUUUCUGACUAGACGUAGGAGUGAUUUUGUAAAUAAGCAGUCGUGAAUUCUGAUUUUGCUUCUUUCAGUAGCCUUGUAUUGUUUAGGUUAUUACACAUUAACAGCGAUUCUAUUGCAAUGUAUCAUUCAUUUUUUUGUA